AUGGUAUCAACUAGUUGGUGUAAGUUGUGGAGUCGAGAGUCAGUGAAGAAUUUUUGGGACCUAUUCAUCCUCAUCUUCCUAUAUGGUUCCCCCUCUCUGCGGGCGUAUCCCCUCAUCUCCGUCAUCACCAGGCAGCCCUCCGUGGUCCCCCCCCUGCUCCCCGCUGCCACCAGCUCCCGGGUGCUGCCAGCCCAGCCCUGCCUGGGCCCUGGGGGCUCGGAGCCCGUGGCCAGCGAGGCCCAGGGCAGCAGCGAGUCGGAGGCAGAGCAGCCCACGCCCAGGAUCAAGAAACCGCGCCGCAGUAGGACCAUCUUCACCGAGAUCCAGCUCGUGGGCCUGGAGAAGAAAUUCCAGAAGCAGAAGUAUCUCUCUACCCCUGACAGGCUCGACUUAGCCCAGUCCUUGGGGCUGACUCAGCUCCAGGUGAAGACGUGGUACCAGAACCGUAGGAUGAAGUGGAAGAAAAUGGUGCUGAAGGGGGGCCAGGAAGCUCCAACGAAGCCCAAAGGCCGCCCCAAGAAAAACUCCAUUCCCACCUCGGAGGAGAUUGAAGCAGAGGAGAAAAUGAACAGCCAGGCCCAGAGUCAGGAGCCAGAGGGAUCUCAAGCCCCUGAGGAGCCUAAACUGACAGAGGAGAAGCCAGAAGAAGCCGCGUUGGAGACAGAGAAAUCUCCAGAACAUAUACCAGAGCCCUCCUCAGAGGAGACUACACCACUAAGUUAAAAGGGAAAGAAAGGAGGGAAAAAGGAAAGCAAAAAAGAGAUAAAAGAGAAAAACCAAACC